GCUUUCAUCGAGACAGGUGCAGCUGUGUUUGACUGACCAUAUCCCUUGUUUCUCUCUACAAUUCUUCUCUUCGACAGGAGAAACUUCAUCUCUGUCCUCUACCUCGUCUCUCUCGGUCCCACCUAAUGGCAGACCCUUCAUUAUCGUCCUGCCCAUCCUAUGGGGCCGGACCUACACAAAAUGCAGCCUUUCCUGGGUCACCUCCCCCGCAACUGGCCCUUCUGGACAUGUUCUUCCCAGGGUUCUCUAUGUUUGCAGGCGCUUUUCAAAGAUACUUCUAUGUUGACUUGAAUCUCUACAUCCCACUUCUGCUCUUCCUUGGCAUGCUCAUGGUGUGCUGGAACUAUGCCAGCGGUUAUCUUUGGGACCAGGUAGAGACCUAUUUCAUGUCCGUCGUCGACAUCAGGACGGACGAUGAGAUUUACAACAUAUUGAUGGCUUGGGUGGCUACGCAACGAUUCUCCCAAGGUGCUCGUAAAUUCGUCGUGAACACUAGCUUGUCUUCGCGGAGCUGGUACCUCUGGCGAUGGAACGAUGACGACGACGACGACGAGUUUGGAUAUGGAGAAGGCUUAUCGGGUGACAAGAAGAAAAAGAAGGCACUAUCAUAUACGCCCAGCUUUGGGAGUCACUACUUCUGGUACCGUGGCCGCUUACUUCUGUUUCGUCGUUCUGCCAAUCGGGAACAGAACUCUUUCAUGCUUGUGAGUGAGCGCGAAGAGAUAUCAAUCUCAUGCUUUGGUCGCAACCCAUGGAUCCUGAAAGAACUCCUGCUGGAGGCUCGCGAGAAAUACAUCUUGAAAGACGAACACAAGACACAAAUUUACCGCGGGACGACUAAAGCCAUGUCAAGCGAACCGAGCUGGCAGCGAUGCAUGUCGAGAGCGUCUCGACCUUUUUCGACAGUCAUUCUUAAUGAGCAGAAGAAGAAGGAGCUCGUCGACGAUGUCACUGAUUACCUUAACCCCAUGACUCAACGUUGGUACGCUAAUAGAGGCAUCCCUUAUCGACGUGGUUAUCUCUUGCAUGGACCUCCGGGAACUGGCAAGAGUUCCCUGAGCUUGGCUUUGGCCGGUUUCUUCAAACUGAGGAUAUACAUUGUUAGCCUGAGUUCAGUCAACGCCACUGAGGAGAACCUCGGUAAUCUAUUCGCAGAGCUUCCUCGCCGAUGCGUUGUUCUGCUUGAAGAUAUCGACAGUGCUGGGCUAACACACACGCGAGAGGACAACAAAAACCCGCCACCAAAAGAAGAGGAAAUGGAACCUGGCCAGGUCACACGUGGAAAUGGCAACACCAAUGAUAAUAACAAUACUCCCUCAUUCCGACUAUCCUUGUCGGGUUUACUCAACAUCUUGGAUGGCGUUGCGUCGCAAGAGGGCCGUAUUCUGAUCAUGACAACCAACCACCCUGAAAAGCUAGACAAGGCAUUAAUCCGUCCCGGGCGUGUCGAUAUGAUCAUUGGAUUUGGUUUGGCGGAUGAAUACAUGGUCAUCAACAUAUUCCGGAACAUCUUCGCUUAUCUGGAAGGCGAUGAUGGUCCCGAAGUAGAGAAGUAUAUAAAGCUUACCCCCGAGGAGCGCGAGGUAGUCAUGGAGAAGCGAAAGAAAGAGCGAUUAGCACACGACGCCAAGAUGGAAGAACUAGCCAAAACCUUCGCCUCCAAAAUCCCAGCACAUGAGUUCAGCCCCGCCGAGCUGCAGGGCCAUCUGAUGAAAAACAAGCACAACCCGCAGAACGCGAUCGACACGGCUGAGGAGUUCAUAGAGAAGACGCGGGCAGAGCAUAAGGAAAAGGAGCGAAAGGCGGCGGAGGAGAAGAGGAAAGCCGAAGAGAAGAAGAAAGAAGACGAACAGAAGAAAGUGGAGGAGGAAAAGAAGAAGGCCGAGGAAGAAGAGAAGAAAAUGGUUGAAGAGGAGAUUAAGAAGAAGGUUGAGGAGGAAAUCGAGAAGAAGUUCGGGAGUGAAAUCAGAGAGAAGGUCAAGGCUGAGAUGGAGAAGAAGAAGGCUGAAGAGGAGGCUAAAAAACUAGAGGAGGAGAAGAAUAAGGAAAAGGAUAAAGAAAAAGAAAAAGAGGCCACCAAGUCGAAUAACGAGUCGUCGUCUGACACCAAACCAGACGCAUCUUCAGAUCCCGCCACCAAGAGCGCAACAACAGCCGACGAGAAAGCAGCUCCAGUAGCCCCCGCCGUUGAUCGAAUAAUCGUCAAAGAGGAGAAGAAGUCCGAUGACGACGACGGGUCGCGACAAGAUUCAGGCUACGGUACCCCCUUGAGCGAAACCCACGAGGCUGUCGUAGCGUAAUCCGCUGUAAAGCAACAAAAACAACACACUAAUAAUAAUCAGCAUGAUUUCAAAAAAAACAAAACCAAAAAGGAUUUGCGAGCA